AAUGAUUGGUUCUCUUCGACAUCAUGGACAAGUACCUUGGGAUGAUGAUGCAGAUAUAUUUAUUGCACAGGAAAAUCGGAAAAAAACUAUAAAUAUCUUAGAAUCAAUACCAAAUUAUAUUGCUCCCCGUCAUGGAAAUUUAAAUAAAUUUUAUAAUAUAGAACAGAGUCUAUCUGUUCCUGGUUAUUCAAAGAGAAAAUGUGGCUGGCCUAUGGUUGAUAUAAUCUUCUACGAAACUGUUAACAGUACUCAUAUUUUGCAUAGAGGAGCAUCAUUACAUUUUUAUAAGAAAAAACAUCUAUUUCCUCCAAGAUAUAGAGUAUUUUGGAAUUGGAUAUUACCAGUACCAAGAAAAGUUGAAAGUAUAGUUGAAAAAACAUAUAAAACAAAAUUAUCUACUUGUCAGGAUACAAUAUGGAAUCAUAGGAAACAAAAUGUUCUACAUGAACAUCCGAAAGAAGUUAAUUGUUCAAAACUGGAGCAAUUCUUUCCAUUUGUUCAUAAAGUAUUGAAGAAUAAGGAAUGCCGAGAAAUCUUAGUUAAAGAUCAGAGAAUUUUACGGGAUAUUCCAUGUUAUUAA